GAGGAGGAAGGCGCUGCUUAUUUCCCUGACUCAGUUAGGACCUGAAAGCAUUCGGUUACAGAGUCUAUCUCGGCAGCAAUACUUCCUCUGUGUGUGUGUGUGUGUGUGUGUGUGUGUGUGUGUGUAUUUCUGCUAUUCAAACGUAACACCGUUGAGGGACGGGUUGCAUAAAUCUAAUGGCCAAAUCUCUCUAAGGUGAAAGCUUGUCUUUUUGUCCUUUUGCUUCAUUCUAUUUUGCUGGUUUGCUCAUUUUGGGGAGAGUUGGUCUCUGGACAGGUUUUUGUGUGUGUGUGUUUUUUUUUUUUCCUGCCAGCAACUCACAUACACAGACCGGGCAGGGCAGGGCAGGGACCCUUACAUCAUUUGACAUCUCCGCUUCCUCAUUUCAGUCUGACGGCUCGAGCCAAAAGGCAAAACAGGUUCAAACAUUUUUCAAAGAACUUCAGUAGUUCACUCUGGACUUCGACAGACCUUGCGGGACUCUGGAUUUCCUGCCCAGAGGAACGACGACGACAGACCGAUUCACCAGCACCUUACUGAGUUGAGAAGUGAAUCACUUCCAACUUUCUUCAGAGUGUAGCAAGAACAACGGCAGAGCUGAGGUCUGCUGCUCUCUAUCUGUGGGAGAGACCUGUCGAAGGAUUAUAACAUUUCUCCUCACCGAGAAUGACCCAGCUGCAGUUCAAAGAUGCCUUUUGGUGCAAAGAUUUCACCGUUCACUCGGGCUACGAGGCGAUUCUGCAGCGACUGAUGGAUGGAAGGAAGAUGUGCAAGGAUGUGGAGGACUUGAUCAAGCAGAGGGCACAAGCCGAAGAGCGAUACGGGAAGGAUCUAGUCCAAAUUGCCCGCAAAGCAGGAGGACAAACAGAAAUCAAGUGGAUAGGUCAACUGGGGUGGGAAGGACGACAGUUCCGGAAACACCAGGCGAGGAGUCAGGAGCCUGUGAGCACCCUGAAAGCCUCCUUUGACAUCCUGAAACAACAAAUUGAGAAUGUGGGAAAUUCUCACAUCCAGCUAGCGCUGAUGUUGAAAGAGGAACUGAAGAGUAUCGAGGAGUUCCGAGAAAGACAGAAAGAACAAAGAAAAAAGUAUGAGAUGGCUAUGGAUCGAAUACAAAAGAGCAAACUGUCCCUAUACAAGAAGACAAUGGAGUCCAAGAAGUCCUACGAGCAGAAAUGCAGGGAUGCAGACGAAGCCGAACUAACCUCUGAGCGGAUCAGUGCUUCGGGCAACCAGAAACAGGUGGAGAAGAGUCAGAACAAAGCGAAGCAAUGCAAGGAAUCGGCACUCGAAGCAGAGAGGGUUUACAAACUGAACACGGACAUCCUGGAGAAGGUGCGGUGUGAGUGGGAGCAGGAGCACAGAAGCACCUGCGAGGCCUUCCAGCUACAGGAGUCCGAUCGGAUCACCAUCCUCCGUAACUCCCUCUGGGUUCACUGUAACCAGCUCUCCAUGCAGUGCGUGAAAGACGACGAGCACUACGAGGAGGUUCGAGUCAGCUUAGAAGGCUGCAACGUAGACUCGGACAUCGACUCUUUCACUCGAAGUAAAAUGACGGGAACGGAGCCUCCGGCUCCCAUUCCUUACGAGAAUUACUAUGAUCGAGAACCCGACGAAGGCUCCAGCAGCCCCAGCAGCCUCGCGGCUUGCGGGAUGAUGAAGAGGUUUUCGGGAUUGCUGCAUGGAAAUUCCAAAAAUGAGAAUGUGGCCCCCAUCGCCCCUCCUGCUGAGCGCAACGACGGCGUGUACGCAGCGAUCGUGGUCAAAGAGUCGAACGCGGAUGCCACAGGCCAGGACUACAGAGUUCUCUACGACUACAAGGCACAGAACUCCGAAGAGCUGGACAUCAGCGUGGGAGACAUCCUGGCAGUCAUCAUGGAAGGGGAAGAUGGCUGGUGGACGGUAGAGAGGAACGGCCAGCGAGGCUUCGUCCCCGGCUCCUACCUUGAGAAACUCUGAGCGAGGAGGAGGAGGUCGGGGUCUGGCCGCCGGCUCUCUCCCCGGGGCGGGUCCGACACGCUGAGCUGAGCUGCUCGUGGCUCGUUCUCCUAAAGUUUCGGCCACCACGAUGUUUACAUUUCCUCGACCAAGCCAUCCAGGGGUGGGGAGGG